CAUGCCCAACGAACUAAACUGUUCGAUUAAAUUUCUUCUACGAUAAAAGUGAACGAAUUUAAUAGUGAUUAAAAGUUAUUAUUUAUAUAUUUUUAUAUUGUAUUUUAUAAUGGAAUUGUUAAUAGAUAAUUUUGUACCUUUAAAUUACGUGUAAUCAUCGAUCGUAAUUGUAUACAAAUUACGAUCCAAUUUUAUUGUUAUUGUGUAUAGAAAUGAAAUAUAACCUACGAUGGAUGAAAAUAACAGUCAAACGGUGAUUUUAGAAGACAAUGAUGGUUCUGGCAUUGCUGAACCAUUAUGGUCAUUUAUUCAUUCUCCAGUGGUUACGGUGUUCUCAGAUUAUAAAAAUGAUAUGGCAGAACCAAUGUUAUAUUCUCUGUUAGAAUCUCUGAUAAAGAGAUCAUCAAAUUUAAAAAUGGUUUUACUUCCAUCCAAUCCUGAUCUUGUUGAUGCAAACUUAUUUCAACAAUAUGACGCAUUUGCAAUUUGGCUUUUUGGAGCAAUGUUUUAUAUAGUAGGUGAUCCAAUAAGUGAAAGAACUCUUACUUAUAGCAUAAAUAUACAAGCAUCUAUGCUUACAACAUUAUCCAUACAUAACAUUACAACAUUUCAAAGGAUAUGUCCAUUUUAUUUAUCUAUGCUUGAAGAUAUACAACAUUUUAUUUUGUCUAGUACUGGGCCUUAUGAUAAUACACUAAUACUCAAUAAAUUUAUUGUAAAUGAAGAUAUUAUACCGAGCUUAAAACUUACACAAUAUCCAGUAAAUGUUACAUUGACAACUGUUGGAAUUAUAUUGAAGUCUAUAUUACAGAUUAUUACACAAUCAGGAACAUCUAAUUGGAAUAAUGAUGAACUUUGGAAUAUUAUUUUAAAAAUAUUAGAAAUAGUUGCUAUAGAACUCAAAUUACAUGUCUUAAAAGUUUGCGCAAAUCUGCUCAUUUAUGUUGAUAAACAAAUUCCCCAUGUCGCAUUACUUAUUAAUUAUGUUCUGGGAAUUAUACAUGCUAUUCCAAUGUGGUAUAGUAAUGAAGAUAUAACUAAAACAACUUUAAAUGAAUAUUUUGAAGUAUUCAUAACACUUAUUAGCAGAUUAUUCGUGAAUCGAGAAGCUAAUAUGCUCUGUUUUACAAUCUUGGAAUUUAUUUUUGUGAAUUCUGAAAUAAUGAAUCAAAUAAGAGGUAAUAUUCUAACAAAAUUAAGAGAAGAAAUAUGUGAAAAAAUAAGACAAUAUUUAAUCAAAGAGCAAACAAUUUGUAAAUCUCCUGAAGCUAAUAGGUAUAUUUCAUAUUUUCGCUUUUGCCCGGAAUUUAUUCCAAUUUUCAUGUGCUAUAUUUACUUUGAAAUUGAAUUACAACACGUUCAUGUAGAAAGUCCAUUAAUAAUAUAUGAUAAAAGUGAUGCAUGGCAAUUAUUUGUUUCUGAAAUAUCAAUUUCUUUAGAAAAGAAAGAAUUUGCUGAAACUAAAGUAUAUCUACUUAAUUCUCUUUACUUUGAGCACUGGCUUAUCGAACAAAAAUUUGAUAUUAUUUUGUAUAAAAAUUUUGCCGAUGACUGUUUGCAAAAAUUAAAAAACGAUAUUACUAAUGAUAAUGGUACAAAUAGAGAUUUUAUUUUGGAAUCUAUAUUGUAUCUAACAUCUCAUAAAGAAUGUAAACGAAAUUUUGUUGAAAUAGUUAUGACAUUGCCACUUCAUAUUGAAAAUUUGAAAGAACUUAAUGCAACUCAAAAAAUUAUAAAAAUCCUAAAAUUUGUUAAUGAGGAAUCAGCUUUACAAAUUUUUAAGAUAUUAUGUUCAUUUGGUAAAACCGAAAAUAUGUUAAAUGUAGUACAUGAAUUUAUCAUGAACAAAGAUGCUUUAUUUGCUGUUACUGGUAUACAAUGCAGUGUUUCGUUAAUUAAAAAUAAUAAUCUAAAAUUGGAAGAUGUCUGUAAGUUUAUUUUAAAGCCUGCUUUAUUAUCAGGUGAUGAUGUGAUACAAAACGCUUUGGCUAAAAUAUUAGGUGUCAUUGUUUGUCAUUUAGCAAAUGGCUAUGACUUAUUUAGGGAAAUAAAACAUUUGUUGGUCAAUCCACCUGGAUGUAAAUAUUGUGUUGAAAAUUUACAAGAUAUAGAUAAAGAUACAUUUUAUAAAUCGUAUUUUAUAGAGGAACACGAAGAACAUUUAUUGACUCCAUAUUUUAAGUUAUUUGAAUCACCGUUUGCUUCUGUACGUUAUUCUAUGUCACUAAAUUCAAUACAUUUUGCAAAUCAUAUGAGAUCAUUUAGCAGCAAUAACAUAGUCAAAAUGUGGUUGCCUUGUAUAAAUGAUAAGAAAAUUGAAGUAAGACAAAACCUUGCCUUAAUAACAGGCCAAAUAUUAAAUAUUCGAAUUCAAAUGGCAAAGCAAGCUGGAGCCAAAUUAGUAGAUGAGAUACCACCAGAUUUAAAAGAAUUUGUGGAUUUAGUGAUAGAUGCCAUGAUGACAACAUUAAAUGAAGCUUUAGAAGCUACCGAUAAUGAUUUACUACUUAAUGUAUUAAUUCAAGCUGCAAGAAAUUUUGGAUGCGUUCCAUUAUAUGCAACAGAAUGCAAAGUUGCAUACAUAUUUCUUCUUACUAUACUUCAUCAUAAUUCAUCACCUGCAGUUGUGACCACUGCUAUCAAUGCUUAUGAAGAAUUGGCUUCUUUUCUUAAUAUAAAACCAAAGAUGCUAUACAUUAGAUACAAAAGAGAAUUUCUUACGUUAAUGGUACAACAAGCAUUCCUUAAUUAUUAUGAUUUUUCUUAUAAUAUCUCAACUUCGUUACAUCGUGCUGCUAAAUGCAUUGGAUAUACCGGAUCACAUGAAUUAAUAAGCAAAGAAGGUCAUCAUGUGAUUUGUUAUUUAUUACCUUAUAUACUUGACACAACAGUAAAAGAUGGUUUUUUACCGGACAUUGCUGAACUAUUAGAAACAAACGAAAAACAAAUGUUAAUCGAAUAUUUUCCGCAUAUCUGUUCUUAUGUAUUUUUAAACAUACCUUUAAAUGUUGGAUUAGUAUGUUUAAAAAAUGUAUCAGUAUUGACUAAUACCAGCAUUCAAGAAUUAACAAAAAGUUCUUUUGUGGUAAUAUUUGAAAACUUGAUGUUAAAUUUUCAUAAUACGCCGGAAAAAAUUAUUGGUUUUCUACAAAUAUUGUCACAAUUUGAUACUCUUACAAUACCAGAUUUGAAUUCAAAGGAGAAUAUUAACUCUUAUCUGAAUCUUAGAUUACAUGGUAUAUUAGUGAAAUAUGAUGUCAAUCUUAGUUCUAAAUCAGAUGAAUGGACACAAAAAACUUCAUUAGCUUCAUUAGCAACAUUAAUGCGAUUUAUGGGACCAGAACAUAUUACCAUAUAUAGAUUUAAAAUUUUAGCAACACUACGUGUUUUAUUAGAGUUUAAAAGACCUGGUUUUGGACCGUUAAUAUGUGAUGCAUGGGAUGCCUUUAUACACAAUGUACCAAUGGAAGAUCUUGGCCCAUUAAUACCAACUAUAUGCAUUUUUAUAUUACCAUUAUUAGAAAAUUAUCAUGAAAAAGUAAGCGAGAUGUUAGAAUUCUUACUUCGUGAAACUGAUUUCACUUCAAAUUAUAUAUCGGAGCUAUUUUUUAUUGAUGAUUUGAAAACUCCGAGUAAUAUAUCGGAUAAUAUUAAGAAAGAAAUUUUACAAAUACAAUCAAAAGGAUUUACUGCAAAUUUACAAUUAUGGCUUAAACGAAUAACUCAUGAAACUGAUGAAAUUCGUAUGUUAGCGUUACGACAUUUAAAAAAUUUUUUAGCAGUACAUAGAAUAGAAUUAAACGAAAUGAUAUUAAGUGAUACAGAUGUACAUCCAUGUAUUGUUGAGCUUUUAGAUACUUUACUCGCAGGAUGUCAAGAAAAUGAUGAAAAUAUUCGUUUAUUAUAUGGAGAAUGUCUCGGAGAAUUAGGUGCUAUCGAACCAAGUCUUCUUCCUAGAAAAAUUAUUUCUAGAGAGGACAGUAAAUUUAUAUUUGACAUGAAUGAAGAAUUUGCAUGUGCAAUGCUUUCUGAAAAUGUUCGUGCCUUUCAAAUGCAAAAAAGUACUCAAAAUAUGGAUUGUUUUGCACUUGCUAUACAAGAAAUAUUAAAAGCUUACGAUAUAAGACCAGAAGGUAAAAAAAGUAAAUUAUGGAAAAAUCUUCCUUCAACGAUGCAACAAAUAAUUUUUCCUUUUCUAACGUCACAUUAUAGUAUAACAGUUAAAUCCGAUAUUAGUUCAUUUCCUCGGCCUAUUUACGGUUCUGAAGCUGGAUCCUCCGUAGAAGAAUGGGCAUAUAAUUGGCUGUGUAGUAUAUCAAGUCAUUUGAACAAUAGUACUUUAUAUGAUAUGAUGCUUGCUUGUAGACCAGCAUUUAAACGAGAUAUAAAAACAAUAAUAUUUGCUCUUCCUUAUCUUGUGGCCUAUGUAGUUACAAAUGCAACAGAUGAACACAUACGUGAAGAGUUGAGAACAGAAAUGUUAGCAGUAAUUAAUGUUAGAGAACAACCUACUCUUAAUCAGGAAUUGUUUUCACAUCGACCCCUUCGAUCUGAAUAUUAUAUAAAAAUGAAUGAGAAACAAAUAUCUGAUGAAGCUAGACGUAUGCGUUGUUCUCAGAUUGUAUUUUCUGUAUUGGAUCAUUUACAAAGAUGGCUUAGAGAACGAAGAUUACAUCAAGAUAAUCAAUUUAAAUUAAUACAAACAUUCUGUUCGAAAUUGGAUAAUUUGGUAAUAGCAGAAGGUUGCUAUCGAUCACAGGAAUUUCAUCGUGCUUUGAUGUACUUGGAACUACAUAUGGCUUCUAGUGGUAAAGGAUUAUCAGAAGUAGAUAAAGAAGAUUUACUUUCAAAAAUAUAUGCCAAGCUUGAUGAACCGGAUGGAGUUUCUGGUGUUUUAAUAAGCCAAAAUAAAACACCUGCAUUACCACAAUUGUUAUUGUCACAUGAAGUCAGCGGAGAUUUACAGGAUGCAGCUGUAUGCUACGAAAGGCUCGCACAGAGAGAAGUUUUCAAAUUUAAAUAUAUGCAAGGUAUGAUCGAGUGUUAUUUGAGUCUUAAUCAACAUUUUACAGCUAAAUAUAUUACAGAUGCUUUACUGAGCUACAGGCCUGAACUGGAACCAUUGAUAAUUGAUAAUGAACCUUUCUGGAGACUUGCUCAAGGUACAUUUGAAAACGAAUUACAUAAAAAUAAAACUACCGAUAUUAAGAGCAUGUUGUUAAAAGAUCUAGAGCGAGGCAUUAAAUUAGAUUUUUCUGAGACAAAAAAGAAAUUAGUAUCACUUUUAGAAGUUGCUUCACGUCCAGGAGGAUAUCAACAAGCGUUUUCAUAUAUCAUGAAAUUACAUGUACUGAAUGAAUUCGAUAAAGCAGCUUCUUUGAUAAUUACCGAUAUUAACCAAGUUCCAUUAAUAUUUGAAGAAUGGGAUAAACGUGUUCAACUUUUAACAACAUCACGUGGAAUAGAAUUUGUUCUUGGUAUGCGUAGAGCUAUAUUAGAUAUAGCAUUAGAAUUAUAUGAAAGAAAGAAUUUUGAAGGAGAAAAUCUACAAAUUAAACAAGAAAUUGGCAAAUUUUGGUUGAAAAGUGCAAAGAUUGCUAGAAAAACUGGAUUUCAUCAGCAAGCUUAUAUGCAUCUUUUAUCUGCUGGUGAUUUUUGUCCUCCUCAAGAAGUAGCCAUAGAACAGGCUCAAUUAUAUUGGAUAAAAGGAAAUCGUGAACAAGCUUUUACAACUUUGAAAAAUUGUUUCAAACAUCAUUUCAGACCUGUUGCCAUUUAUAAACAAAUGCAAUUAAGUGAAUCUAUUGAAGAAAGAAAACAAUGCGCUAAGGCAAAACUUCUCUUUGCUCGAUAUAAUGAUCAAACACUUAAUGUGGAUACAGAUAUUAGCAUUGCUAAUUAUAAAGAAGCUAUUGAAGUAUGGAGAGCAUGGGAGAAAAGUUUACUUGCUUGUGCUCAAUAUUACGACUCUGUUGUUAAUAGGAUGGCUGAUGAUGAAAAAGACAUAAAAGGACGGGAUUUACAAGUUCAUAUGAUGAAUUAUUAUGGCAAAUCACUUAUGUAUGGCUGUAAAUACAUUCAUCAAUCAAUGCCUAGAAUGUUAACUAUUUGGUUAGAUUUUGCUUCACGUUUAUCUGCAACUCGUGGUGGCCAACAUACAGAAACUGAAUUUAUAACAUUACGUCGAGAUAGUUUAUUAAAAAUGACUAAAAUUAUGGAUGUGUAUUCAGAAAGAUUACCAUUAUUUAUGUGGCUUACAGCAUUUAGUCAACUUGUUUCUAGAAUUUGUCAUCCUUCCAAAGAAGUGCAACAAACACUUUGUGUACUUUUGGUUAAAUUAAUCGUCGCGUUUCCACAACAUAGCUUGUGGAUGAUGGCUUCAGUUAUUAAUUCUUCAGUUCCUAUACGAAAAAAAAGAUGUCAAGAAAUUUUAAAUCAUUCCAAAUUGAAAACGACUGAAAUGAUUAAACUUAUCAAGGAUUUUAAUAAUCUUUGGGAAAGAUUAAUCGAGUUAUCUAAUAAACAUAUAAAUGAUCGAAUACAAAACAUAACCGUGAGUCAAUUAUCACGAAAUUUACCACGAUUGUUCUUAAAUCCGAAUUUUAGUAACAUUAUGAUCCCAGCAACGAAAUUUCGACAACUUAAUUUACCUUCUAAAAAUGAGAUAACUUGUGAUAAAUACAACCCAUUUUCUUCAAAUUUCGUCCAUAUAGUGGGAAUAGAAGAUGAUGUGGUCGUUAUGAAAUCUCUUCAAAAACCACGACGUAUCGAAUUGAAAGGAUCGGAUGGUAAUAAAUACCUUUUUAUGUGCAAACCUAAAGACGAUUUAAGAAUAGAUUUUAGAUUGAUGGAAUUUAAUGAUAUUGUUAAUAAGUAUCUUCAAAAAAAUCCGGAAUCACGACAAAGAAGACUUUAUAUAAGAACUUAUAGCGUUGUACCACUUAAUGAAGAAUGUGGUCUUAUUGAAUGGGUACCAAAUUUAGUUGGUCUUCGACCUAUCCUAAUGAAUACUUACGAAGAAAUGGGUAUAGCUAUGCAGAUGAAAGAAUUAAAACAAAUAUUAUGUUCUUUAAAUGAUCCAUUGGCAAAGAAGAAAGAAGUAUUUCUCAACAAAUUACUUCCACGUCAUCCUCCAGUUCUCAGUGAAUGGUUUCGUCUUACAUUUCCUGAUCCUUAUGGAUGGUAUGAAGCUCGUACUGCAUAUAUUAGAACCACUGCUGUUAUGUCAAUGGUAGGAUAUAUACUUGGACUUGGUGAUCGUCAUGGAGAAAACAUAUUAUUUGAUUCCAAAUGCGGUGAUUGUGUUCACGUUGAUUUCAAUUGUUUAUUUAAUCGGGGUGAAUAUUUAGAUUGGGCAGAAAGAGUACCUUUUCGUUUAACACAUAAUAUGAUCGAUGCUAUGGGCCCAUUAGGAGUAGAAGGUCCAUUUAGAAUUGCCUGUCAGACAACUAUGAGUGUUUUAAGAGAACAAUCGAGUACAUUAUUAAGUGUUCUUACUCCAUUUGUAUAUGAUCCAUUAGUUAGCUGGAACAAGAAUCAAACGGGAGCAACUGGAGAGAAACCUAACGAAAAGGCGGUAGAAAGCAUACAAAAUAUUAAUCGACGUUUAAAAGGUUUAGUUCGUUCUCAAGGAAAAAAAUUAGAAAAUAUUGCUUUAAAUCUUAGUGUUUCAGGACAAGUUAAUCAAUUAAUUUUAGAUGCUACGAAUGUAGAUAAUUUAUGCCAAAUGUAUUUUGGUUGGGGAGCUUUCAUGUAAAAUUUACAGUACCUGCGGUUUAUUAUAAACCAGAGUUUUUAUACAUUAUUUUCCUAUGUGUUAAAAUUCUUAAGAACCAUAAAAUAUGAGAGAGAAGUGUUCAAAAUCUGUAAAUUAUGUAAAGAUUCAUUAGAUAAACUGAAUA